AGGCUUUACUUAUGAACUGAUUUCAUUUGAAAAACUUAGGCUAGUGUUUCAGUUGUCCUGGUUGACAUAUUGGCUCUGUGUUUAGGGCUUCUUAACUACAGUACUUCCUCCUCCCCUCCUGAAUGGACUGUGUGCAGAAAGGAGGCUGGGGAUGUGUUGCUCCUUUGUGUGGUUGUGCAUGUGUGUGUGCUCCUUGUCGUCUUCAGCCAUGCUGCACUGAGCUGGCAAGUUGACUCUGUGCCAAUCACGUGGCUGGCACUGUUCUGGGACCUUCUUUCCCCAGCUUAGUUGGUUAAGGCUAGUCAGGACAGUAUUUUUCCCUGAAUGACUCUAGACUAUGAAUUCUUGUGUUAUCCAAGUGGUUCAGGUACUCAGCGCAUACACAAAGCCUGAGUAAGCAAAACAUUUUUUCUCUUCCUUAUAAAUACAUUGGUAUUCAUAAUAAGAUCUAGUGCAAAGCACUGGUUGCAAAAUCUUGCAGAGGGAGAAUAAAUCUUGGCCGAUGUGACUUUGUAUUGAUGCCAUUUUCCUUAAGUGGUUGAUCCUGGGUUAUGAGUUGCAGGGGCUUAAAAGUUUGUCUAUGGCAGGGGUUCUCAAACUUUUUCUUUCUGAGGCCCCCCCACAACAUGUUGUAAAAAUUCCACUGCCCACCCAUGCUACAACUGUUUUUCUGCAUAUAAAUCCAGGUCCAGCAUUAGGAGGUAACAAGCAGGGCAGUUGCCUGGGGCCCCACACCACAUAGGGCCCAGUGAAGUUGUGCAAGCUUUAGCCCCAGAUUGUGGGGCCUCGACUUUCUGCCUUGGGCCCCGGUGAGUCUAAUGCUGACCCUGCUUGGCAGACUCUCUGAAAUCUGCUGGCGGCUCCCCAGAGGGCCUCAGACCCUUGGUAGAGAACUGCUGGUCUAUGGCAUCUGUAAUGUGGCCAUCACUUUUUUAUUUAGGCACCCAAUACAACAACUUAACAAAAAAGAAUCAUUCUUUGUUCUCCAUGAACAGACCAGUAACUGUGCUCUUGCCAUGGAGGGUAGUUUUACUUUCACAGAAAUGUCCAUUUUUCCAAAAUAAGUCAAGUGACUCCCUUGUGUGGUAGGGGAUUUUUUUUUUUUUUUAAAAGGACUUAAUCCUCAACACUGCUUUCUUGGAAGCUUUGAAGAUUUCACAAUUGUAAAAGUAUAUUGAUAAUAUACCUCUGUAUCCUCUCUGUUCAUGAAAAGUUUUUAUUCUAUUUAUCUAUUUAUCCCAUGCAACAGUAUUAGCAAAUCAAGAAAAUACUAAAAGUUUACUGGUUUCUCAGAGAUAUUUAACGCUUUCUAGUACUGCUGGAUUUAAGGCACUGGGGAGGCUUAAUCAACUAAUAGAGAGCAGAUGUAAUUUUUGUUCUGUAUCUUUAUAGCAAAAGUUUCCACACAAGUGAGAAGACGAAGGCUAGGGGUAACAUCCUGGCUCUGUUGAAGCAGUGGGAACAAUCUCAUUGACUUCAGAAGGUCCAGGAUUUAGCCCUAUUAGUGUGCUGUCUGCCUUCAUAUACCCUAUCAGCUAUGUUACUUAAACACACAUGAACCUACCAGAGGCAUUUAAAAAUUAAGAUGCAGAUAUGUACUAAAAACAUAACGUGUUUAGUGGUGGAUGAACACCAUAUGCACAUAUCUCUUAUACAUUUUAAGCUGUUUGACGUGUUAAUGAACAAAAACACUAGGUUCAAAUGUUGGGCCUGAAAACAUUAGCACUUUUAAGGAAUAGGUUUAGUCUGCGCACAAAAUUUAGGUUGGCAUAGCUAUGGUGCUCAGGGUGUGAAAAAUCCACACCCCUUAGUGCUAUUCCUCUGCAGAUCUAACUCCCAAUGUAGAUGCAGGUAGGGCAAUGGAAGAAUGCUUCUAUCGAUCUAGCUAACGUUGCUCAGGGAGAUGGUGUACCUACAGGGACAGAAAAACCCUUUCCAUUGCUGAAGACUGUGUCUACAUAAGCACAGCCAUAUUGGGUCACACCUAGCCCAGUAUCCUGUCUUCUGACAAUGGUCAAUGCCAGGUGCUUCAGAGGGAAUGAACAGAACAGGCAGUCACCGAGUGAUCCAUCCUCUGUCAUCCACUUCCAGCUUCUGGCAAACAGAGGCUAGGGACACUCAGAACAUGGAGUUCCAUCCCUGACCAUUUUGGCUUAUAGCCAUUGGUGGAUCUAUCCUCCAUGAAUUUAACUGGUUCUUUUUUGAACCCUGUUAUAGUCUUGGCCUUCACAACAUCCCCUGGCAAUGAGUUCUACAGGUUGACUGUGCAUUGUGUGGAGAAGUACUUCCUUUUGUUGGUUUUAAACCUGUUGCCUAUUAAUUUCAGCAGCUGACUCCUGGUUCUUGUGUUAUGUGAAGGAGAACAUAACACUUCCUUAUUCACUUUCUCCACACCAGUCAAGAUUUAAUUGACCUCUCUCAUCCCCUCUUAGUCAUCUCUUUUCCAAGCUGAAAAGUCCCAGUGUUUUAAUCUCGCCUCUUACGGGAGCUGUUCCGUACGCCUAAUAAUUUUUGUUGCCCUUUCCUGUACCUUUUUCAGUUCUACUGGAUCUUUUUUGAGAUGGGGAUGGGACUGGACCAAAAUUGCAUGCAGUACUCAGGGUGUGGGUGAACCAUGGAUUCAUAUAGAGGCAUCGUAUUUUCUGUCAUCUUACCUAUACCUUUGCUAAUGGUUCUUAACAUUAUCUUUUUUUAUCCUGCUGCACACUGAGCAGCUGUUUUCAGAGAACUAUCCACAAUGACUCCAAGAUCUGCUCCUUAAGUGGUAACAGCUAGUUUAGACCCCAUCAUUUUGUAUGUAUAGUUGGGAUUAUGUUUUCCAAUGUGUAUUGCGUUGCAUUUAUCAGCAUUGAAUUUCAUCUGCCAUUUUCUUACCCAGUCACCCAGUUUUGUGAGAUCCCUUUCUAUCUCUCCACAGUCCGCUUUCGACUUAACCAUCUGAGUGAUUUUUGUAUUGUCUGUAAAUUUUACAACCUCACUAUUUACUCCCAUUUCCGGAUCAUUUUUGAAUAUGUUGAACAGCACUGGUCCCAGGACAGACUCCUGGGGGACAUUACUGUUUACUUCUCUCGAGUCUGAAAACUGACCAUUUAUUCCUACCCUUUGUUUGCUGUCUUUUAACCAGUUACUGAGAGCACUAGGGAUGGAUUAUGACAUUUUGAGGCCCUAAACUACUUCAAGUGUAAGAGGCCCCAUACCGUUUAAAAAAAAAUUAUUUUCACAGAAAGAACAUUGUAAACAAUACAGUAUAAAAAAAUUCAAAAUCCAAAAAACAAUACAGUAAAUAAUACCAUUUACUAGAAGAAUUCUCAGGAAAUGUUUCUUCUCUGUUGGGGCAUCUAAAUAGUGGAAUUCCUUGUCUGAAUGUGCAAUGAGACUCUUAGAGGAUGGCAAAAACUAGAGAUGGCAAUAGAGGAUAAAAAAGGCAAUAGAAGAUGUAAGAUGCAGAUAACCCACAAGUUUAACUCAACUAUUAAUUAUAUUGAUAUGAAUUACACCCAGGUAAUAAGCAGAUCAUCAGAAAAUCCUAUGUGAGUUGUAUUUCUCCAGUAAAUUUAUUUGGUUUGUUUUUUAUAGAAGGUUAUGCUGAAUUACCAAAUAUUGUUACUAAAAUUAGUAGUAGAAAGUUAUAAUUGAAACCAGUAAAAUAUUAAUUUUAUAUAAUGGUGUUAUACCAGGAUAUUUCUGUUAAAAGUUAGUGCUAUUUUGUCUGCUCUCAGAGGAAAAGGAGAGGAUAUAUAAUUUUUUUAUACCAUGAAUAAGGAAAAUUAUCCUUUUCAUAUGAAUAAAUGAAAAGCCAUUUGAUUAUUUUGUUAGAAAAAUAUAAAUUUUAUUCACAGUUUAUAUAAAAUAAUUUACAAAUGUUUAUUCAGAUUUAAUUUUUACUACAAAACAAUGAAUUUUUGGUAUUUUUCGUUUGCCAUACUGUAAAAAUACAAUGUAUUAUGCAUAUGAUAUGUGAUUUAUAAGUCUAUAUAAGAAUUUUUACAUAGCAUACUAUCUGUAAUAAAAUAUUACCUUGUGUGUGCCAAACCUGCCUAGCAGAAAAUCCCUAUCUUUUUUCUAGGCAGACAUCUCUCCUCGCAUUCACUUCACUAUCCUCUGUCUUUCCCAGGAUCACUAAUUAAUCUUGAGGAAACACCUCGGAGAGACAGAGUGACAACAAGCUAUAUGUGCGAAAGAAAGAGAAUUUACCAGAAAAAAAGACUGCUUGGUGCAGCAGGAGGGGAUUGCAGUCCUGAAAUGGAAGUCCGGUCGUCAUUUGAUAAAUGUAGUCAAUCAUCUGAAUCCAUGUCCACGUUAAACAGUGAAGAAUUUGUCUUGGUUCAUCAGCAACCUGAGGAUCCCUGUGCAAAAGAUGAGAAACCUCAACUAAAAAUAUUUUCAAAUGGAGAUGAACAGCUGGAGAAAGCCAUGGAAGAGAUACUGAGAGAUUCUGAAAAAGGCCAAAUAAGUUAUACUACUGACUGUAAAGACUCCAAUGAUGCUUGCAGACAGUUGGCUGAAGAUGUGUCAGCCAGUCAGACAAACCAACCUUCUUUGCAUCUAAUUCUGGAUCCUUCCAAUACAGGAAUCUCGGCACUUAGAUCCUGUUCCCCUAAUGAACUCACAGAAGAGGACAGUGUAUUAUUUAAUAAACUGAUGUAUCUAGGUUCUAGGAAGAUUUAUGCUCCUCGUAAUGAGUCAGAAGCUCUACGUGCUAUGGAAGCUUUGAAGUCCUCAUGCCAGUCCUCUUUUCCUGUGACACUCUAUGUUCCGAACGUCCCAGAAGGCUCUGUAAGAAUAAUAGACCAAACCAGCAGUAUGGAGAUAGCCUCUUUCCCAAUCUAUAAGAUAUUGUUCUGUGCACGUGGACAAAAUGGAACUGCAGAGAGUGACUGCUUCGCAUUUACUGAAAGCUACUGUGGAACAGAGGAGUUCCAGAUUCAUGUUUUCUCCUGUGAGAUUAAAGAGGCAGUCAGCAGAAUUUUAUACAGUUUCUCAACAGCAUUCAGACGGUCUUCCAAACAAGCCUCAGAGCAUGUUAAAGACUCUGUCCUUCCUACCCCAGAUAGUGAUGUGUUCACUUUCAGUGUCUCCUUAGAGGUCAAAGAAGAUGAUGGUAAAGGAAAUUUUAGCCCUGUACCAAAAGACAGAGAGAAAUUUUAUUUCAAACUGAGACAGGGAAUUGAGAAGAAAGUUGUGAUCACAGUCCAGCAACUCUCAAACAAAGAAUUGGCCAUUGAAAGAUGCUUUGGGAUGCUGUUAAGCCCAGGUCGAAAUGUGAAGAACAGUGACAUGCAUUUACUUGAUAUGGAAUCCAUGGGAAAGAGCUGUGAUGGGAGAGCGUAUGUUAUUACUGGAAUGUGGAAUCCCAAUGCACCUACUUUUCUAGUACUUAAUGAGGAAACACCUAAAGAUAAACGUGUGUACAUGACUGUGGCAGUGGAUAUGGUAGUCACUGAAGUGGUAGAGCCAGUCCGCUUUUUGCUGGAGACUAUUGUUCGUGUGUACCCAGCUAAUGAGCGUUUCUGGUAUUUCAGCAGAAAAACCUUUGCAGAAAAUUUCUACAUGAAGCUAAAACAGUCUGAAGGGAAGAGCCACACAAAUGCUGGAGAUGCAAUUUAUGAAGUUGUAAGUUUGCAGCGGGAGUCUGAGAGAGAUGAUGAAUCAGUCAGUCCAACAAGUGGAGGGGGUCCACUAUCGCCACAGGAGGAUGAGGCAGAAGAAGAAAGCGAUAAUGAACUCUCAAGUGGUACUGGUGAUGUGUCUAAGGAUUGUCCUGAGAAGGUCUUGUAUUCCUGGGGCGAAUUACUGGGGAGAUGGCACAAUAACCUUGCUGUGCGACCAAAAGGACUGUCUACACUGGUGAAGAGUGGCGUUCCAGAGGCACUAAGGGCAGAGGUUUGGCAGUUGCUAGCAGGAUGCCAUGACAAUCAGGCCAUGUUGGACAAAUACAGAAUUCUCAUCACAAAGGACUCUGCCCAGGAGAGCGUCAUUACACGAGACAUUCAUCGAACAUUUCCAGCACAUGACUAUUUCAAAGACACAGGAGGAGACGGGCAGGAAUCGCUAUACAAGAUAUGUAAGGCAUACUCUGUUUAUGAUGAAGACAUUGGCUAUUGUCAGGGACAGUCCUUCCUUGCUGCGGUGUUGUUGCUGCAUAUGCCAGAGGAGCAGGCCUUUUGUGUGCUGGUGAAGAUCAUGUAUGACUAUGGCUUGCGAGACCUUUACAAAAAUAACUUUGAAGAUCUUCACUGCAAAUUUUACCAACUAGAGAAACUAAUGCAGGAGCAGCUACCUGAUUUAUAUAGCCAUUUCUCAGACUUGAACCUGGAAGCUCACAUGUAUGCAUCCCAGUGGUUUCUCACCCUCUUUACUGCCAAGUUCCCACUCUGCAUGGUCUUCCACAUCAUUGAUUUACUACUCUGUGAGGGUCUGAACAUAAUCUUUCAUGUAGCCUUGGCACUCUUAAAGACCUCAAAGGAGGACCUUUUACAGGCUGAUUUUGAAGGGGCUUUAAAAUUCUUCAGAGUUCAGCUGCCAAAGAGGUACAGAGCAGAAGAGAACGCUAGAAGACUGAUGGAACAGGCCUGCAACAUUAAGGUGCCCACAAAGAAGCUGAAGAAAUAUGAGAGAGAGUAUCAGACAAUGCGAGAGAGUCAGCUGCAGCAGGAAGACCCAAUGGACAGAUACAAGAGGGAGAACCGCAGGCUCCAGGAAGCGAGCAUGCGGCUGGAACAGGAGAAUGAUGACCUUGCCCAUGAACUUGUAACAAGCAAAAUAGCCCUCCGAAAUGACUUGGACCAGGCUGAAGACAAAGCAGAUGUUCUGAACAAGGAGCUUCUCCUGACUAAACAGAAACUAGUGGAGACUGAGGAAGAAAAGCGGAAGCAAGAAGAAGAAACUGCCCAGCUGAAGGAAAUCUUCAGGAAACAACUAGAGAAGGCAGAAUCUGAAAUAAAGAAAACCACAGCCAUUAUUGCGGAAUAUAAACAAAUUUGUUCCCAGCUAAGUACCAGGCUGGAGAAACAACAGACAGCAAGUAAGGAGGAACUGGAGGUUGUGAAGGGUAAACUGAUGGCUUGCAAACACUGCAGUGAGAUUUUCAGUAAGGAAGGAGCAUUGAAGCUGCCUGCUAUAAGCAGAGACACCCAGGGAACAGAAAGAGAUGAUGAGAAGGAUGCCCUCAAGAAGCAGCUGAGGGAGAUGGAGCUGGAACUGGCACAGACUAAAUUGCAGCUUGUGGAAGCAAAGUGCAAAAUUCAGGAACUGGAGCACCAGAGAGGAACCCUUAUGAAUGAAAUCCAAGCUGCUAAAAACUCUUGGUUUAGCAAAACCCUGAACUCUAUCAAAACGGCCACGAGCACACAGCCACCCCAGCAGCCUCCACCAUCCCAGCCACCCAAAGAGAGCAGUACAUAGUUCCAGCCAGACUCCAGGCACAAGAGCACAAAGAACAAAGCAAUUGAAGCCCUGGAGGAUUUUCCCAGGGGUCUCUCCUCUUGGGAAAAGGACAAAAGGCAGGAGUGCAGGCACUGAAGUGAAAUCCUUCAGUGUCUUUACUCAUUCUGGUGUGACCCUUUCCAAAGGGAAGUUAUUUAAAAAAUCCAAUUUUAUGUUGAAUACUUAUUUCCCAUCUGCCUUCCUGACAGCCACAUUCCAAUACCUUCAUCCUUUUACACUUUAUUUUAUAUGCUUACAUGUUAAGAUGGAUCAAAUAAUUCAGAACUAAGUGUUUAGUAUGUGAACUAAUUAUAACUACAGAUGUUUUCUUUUUGGGAAAGAAGGAGGGCAGCAUAAAUCUUGUCAAAGAAAGCACAGUAUAAUGCCAGGCUCUAUACUCAUGCCAUGGGAUCAUCUCAAGUUUACAGUGGUGAUUGCAUCCUGCAGCGAAGCAUUUCCCAUUCAUUAUUAGUCUUAAGUCACAGCCAAGAUCGUCUUGUGCUCUCUCUGGCAUAGCACAUGUGUUUAUAAUGUUCCCUGCGAAUAUUGUGUGUGUUUGAUUUUGGCGAUUAGCUUCCUGCACAAAUUCAAGGAGCGCAGGUCUUCCAGGCGCUGAGUGGCAGCACUGUUUAAUUCUUGUGCUUCGCACCUGAACUGGAAUUUAAAGUGAAAUCUUCUAGUUCCCUUCUUAUUCUAUGUUUUAUUUUCUGAACUGGAGAAAUAAUUCCCUCCAUUAGAACAAAGGGAAGGAUAUAUUCCUUGGGUGGGGUUUGUUUGGCCAAUAAGUAGAUUUGAAACCUUGCUUAGUUUUGACAUUCUAGUAUCCCUGUACAAUAAAAGCUGUUGUUUUUUUUCAGGGUAAAGUUGGUGGAAACAUUUUCACAUGAAACACUGGGCCAAGGUUUAAGGCUUGCACUUGGCACAAAACUGGAAGCAUCAAAUCAAAAAACUCUCUUUGCACAGGAGAAAAACACACCAUAGAAAAGUUUAUUUGCUUUUGACAUUUUAUUAGGGAACCCUAAGUUCUUGUAUUUUUUUAAAGGACAAAAUAUUAAAAAUGCAAGAUAAUAGACUUACUCAUGAGGUAAACUUUUCUGAUGAUUAUUGAGUCUGUCUGAAAACACGGUUGUCUUGUUUUAUACCUCUAAGUUGAAGUGCAAAAGCAGUUGUCUUUUUUUUGAUUGAACAUAAAUAUUUAUAGAAAUACGUAUUUCAUGAAAAAUUAAACUAUUGCUUAAACUGAUGGAAAUAUUUUUAAUUAUAUUUAACAUGUCUAUAAGAAGGUCUUGCAGAUAAAUAUUGUUGCUGGACAAGAGUUGUGCAUUAAGUUUCCCCAUGUUAUAAAAUGUUCCAGGGACAUUAGCCCUGUUUUGAUUUUAAAUUUUAAGUAAUGCAAUAUUUUAUCAGCUCUGUACAAUAAAGUUUAAUGAUACUCGCAUCCUGCUUUACUUUCAAGUAUAUUUUCAGAAGAUUUUUACAUAUAGUACAAGUUUAAUAUUUAUCCUAUGCCAAAUGAGACAUUUUGAAGAGCAGUCAGCUGUUUGAAUUAGAGAUCAAAAUAUAGUCACUAUCCUUAGGCAGCAAAAGUCCUGCAAUUUGGUGAUGUAGGUUCUUUUUUCUAAGAACAGAGCUGAAAAGAGUUAAGUUCCUCUCUUUAGAAUGGUUUAUAAACUUGCGUGGAAGAACAGUGUUUUGUCUAGAUGUUGUUACAGAGUGGAACCAAAAAUAAGAGGGUUCUUCAAGUGAAACUGAAUUUUGGCAUGCUUUCCAUAAUCAGCUUAUUGCUAUUAAUACUUAUCUGAAUAAAGACCAGCAUUCCUGUCCAGUGGAAUUACUAAUUUAAGCAUAGAGAUGUCAUUGGCAAGUGAAUUAACAAACUUGAACUAAGUUAUGUAAUAAACUGGAGGUAACAAUUAUAUACAUUGGAAUAAUUACCAUAUUGUAAUACUGGGAGUAUUGUGCUCACAGCCAACAUUAUUACUAGUAUCAAACCACCAGUUCUGUCCAAAUUUCUCAUUUAAAUUCCAAUCCUUUAAUUUCAAUCAUGCCUAGAGGUUGAUUUAUAUUGUUUACCAAACAAGGUCUUCAAUGCAGUAUAAAUAGAAAAGUGAUUUUAAAAUGGCACUUUCUGGCAUGUCUCCACUCAAAAAUGUUUGUUACCUGUCAGCCAUGCUGAGCCGUUAGUUAUUGGAGAGGAAGUUGGAUUCUAUUUUGCCUUCACAUGAUAGCAAUAAAAUUAUCAGUCCAAUGCUGAUGACAGAAUCUUCACUCCUAGUUAUGAUCCAAGAGGCUUGAUUUUUCUAACCCCAAUCCCAGGUUGAGUGUCUAUCGCCUCUAAUUAGAAGAAUGAAUAACCUUUAGACUUUAAAAACUGUAAAUCUUCUUGGAAUCAGUGAAAGAACAAAUAAAAGAGCACUUUCCUGACUGUAAUGACAGUGAUAUUCAAUAACAUGGAAAGCUAACAAGACUGUAGGGUUACAAGAUAGGAGGUAAAAUCCCACUUCCUGGCUGUAUAUAUAAAUAACCUACGAUUGUCAUAAGGAUAAAAAAAUUGGUUUUAGUUGGCCCUCUCAGUGGUGAGACACAGAAUUAGGUACAUGAUGGAAAUGUGCACCUUCAGGGUUGGCUGAUAUACUGUAUGUGGUAAAAGCUGAUGUUUGUGCAGAUUUUUUUCAAAGGGAGACUUCCUGAAUUAAAAGUCUCACUGAAGCGAAUAUGUAUCUGUUCAAACAGCACUGAAACAGUUAACAUAACUCAAAGUGUAGAAGUAAUAAUUUUUUUAAAUCAAUAUCAAAAUGCAUGCCCAGUUCCAACAGUUAUACUAAAGUUAAUUUGCAUCCGUCCAUAUGUAAGGAGUAUGCAUUAUUGGGGAUUUUUAUUUUUACUUCUAUUCAGAACAAGUAAUUUUGAAAUAUGGCCUUAAUUUCACAAAGAAAGAAAUCUCUGUAAAAUAUAUAUUUUGAUGCAGUUAUUAAUCUUGUGGAUACUAGUGUCUCACUGAGGUGCACAAUGCAGAAAGAAUAAAUAAUUUUUUCCACUUUAUGCACAAGUUUGGGUGAAACACCUAACAGGAUAAAUAAAAAGUUUAAUUAUAUGGUACAUCAAUUCACUAAUCAUAUCAUUGUGGAUCAAAGUUGAAUUUAUGUAAAAUAGUAGUGCAUACUUCAUAUCACUUAAAAAAAAAUUGAAAAGUUAAUGACUUGCCUUCAUUCAGAUAAAUUGCUCAAGGUUCUUAUGCUUCAGUCCUCAGUAGAAGGAAAGCACUGAACCAUGUACCCAAUAUAGCCAGCUGACACACACAUCCCAGCCUCUACCCUGCUCAUUAGAUUGUACAUCUUCCCAUUUGCUAUAGCUAAGUUAUCUUUAGAUAAGCAGAAAAAAAUUUUGUAUUAUAAGAUGUAUGGCAGGACUUUUUGUUUAGCCAUUGAAUUUCCUGUUUUAUGCUGGCGUAUUUUGUUUUAUUUCAUUAAAAAGCUAUUUUGAAGCAAAAAGCAGGUGUGAGGUAUCUCCGUUCACUAGAACAAGAAAGGAGAGUCAGGCAGAGCAGAAACUCAUUCCUCAAUACCAGAGUAUAUUCGUCAUAGCAGACUCCUGUAGUCUAAGAAGAGACAAAUACAUUACAGCAUUAGGUUUUGUUGCAAACACCAGGGGUGAAAUCCUGGCCCCAGUGAGACAAUGACAAAACUCCCAUUGACUUCAGUGGGGCCAGGAUUUCACCAAUGGAGUUGAGUUUGUGAUAUGCUGACUAGCCUUGGUGAUAGUGUUCUUUAACAGAGUAGAAAAACUGCCCAUACUGGCUGCUACAGUAUCAUGAUUUACAAAUUAAGUAUGAAAAAAUCUUGCUUUCCUAAUGCCAGUAGGAAGUGUGCAUGGCUGAAUUCUGACAUCCCUGUACCGAACAUGUGAACUUUGUCAUAUAAUAUGUUAUUUUUCAUCUCCUAGAGAAGCCUUUAGUACACAUUUUACAUUUGAACAUCUAGGCAGUGGUUUUAACUAAGAGCUGAAUAAUAGUUCUCUUGAACCAGCCAUCAGUGGAUGAUGCCUUGUAAAGUAGUCAGUUGUUCAAUAGCGGUCUUUACUGGACAUAUGGCACUGCAUAUGCCCACAGAUAUAACGUAGCACCAUACAUUUUCCUCUUAAAUACAGACUCCUUCUAAAUUCCCUUUCUGGUUAUUACAUUAACCAUCCCAUGGAGAGGUGUCCCACAAAAAAAAAAAAAGGCAUUUCUAUCAAAAUAGUGCUAAAUGCUCACACACUACAUCCCUUUCAUUUUGAACUAUUCAGUGUAGAAAAUGUCGCAAGUUGACUUCUAAACAGCCCCCAAUGCACCCUCAAAAACUAGGCUAUGAUACAUAGAAAGCAUCCAGUUUUAAAGAGAUUCAUAAUGAGAACUAAAAACUGGAGCACAUAAGGGCACUAUACACAAGCACUAAUUACAACCCUACCUUUCCUAGUUCAGAGGCCUGCAAAACAACAUUUCACGACCAUUAAUCACUUUGUACAGGUUUGUCCUUCAGGAAUAAAGAGCUGUCAUUAAUUUCUUCCAGACUCCCAGUGGUUUGCUAUUGAAUGUAUUUCAUGCCUAUUUUUACCUGGAAAAAAUAUGGCUCAAAAAUAAGAACUUUACUUCCUUCCCUUAUUUUUUUAUUCAGUGAGGCUUGUUUUUAUUUAACCUGUAAAGGAGCAUAUAUGCAUCUUUGGAAACUAUAUGUUAUAUAUAGAAUAAUAUAUAGGAAACUGAAUUAGGAGAUAAAAUACAUCAGAAGAGUCUAGUGUCACAAAUUUCAUUCAUGUGAUUUGAUAACCACCAGAAUCCUGGGCUGUACUAAUUUCCUUUCAGUUUCUCUUAUUUUUGUGUUUUAUAUAAUACAUGGAACCUACUACCAAUUCAUAUAAACAAGAGAAAAUGUUAUUGGCAUCUUUGCCUGAUUCCCUCUUUUCCUGAUUCCCUCCUUUCAACAAACCCCUGAGGAAACGAAUGUGGAUGAGGUUUUCAAGAAUUGUAUUGGGAGCCAUUUCACUUAGAACCAUCACCUUCUCUUAAAAAGCCCAACUCUGGAGAGAAUAUUCUUUAUAGUAUAAGUAGAAAAUACAAUGAUGUCCAGUGCAAGCAGAGAUGGGCCCUAUCCAGAUCCCUAGUUUUCCAAAAUUUAAAGGGGGUUCAGUUCUAAGGAUUUUAUUCAGCCUCUUGAAAUAGGGACCAGCUGCAAAGCUUGGAUCCAGAGUGAAGGUUCCCCACCUGUUGGGUUAUUCAGCUGCACAGUCUUGAUUUGGGUCCAUUCCUAAUUAUAAGAGAAAUACACGCUGGUGGACUAGGGAGCUACAGGAGUUUUGUUCUGUUAGACAUAUGAUUUGGGAACAUUUCUAUACUGCCAAUCAGUCACUGUAUAACCAAUCCAUGUAUUAUAUAAAAAUAUAAAUGUAACACUUGUUAUUAAAAGUGUAAUGUACAUCAGAAGAAAUGUUUACUUUUUUAAUUGUUAGACAUGUUUAGAUCAGUAUCUUGUUUUCAUUGUGUGAAUGAUACCUUGUAAAAUAAACAGAAAUGCAAACAA